AUGGCUCGAGUGGGCAACAAUGUGACUUCCUUCAUCAGACACAUCUCAAAUGUGCUGAUACGGGGCACAGUUAGUGGAGAAGAAGAGUUCCCUAACUGUGACAUCAAGGACAUUGAGGCAUGCAUGGACUUCACAGAACCACUGAAUGAGACACUUCAACAUAGUCAACCUGCACCUGUGGCAGCGCCGAGAACUGCAGAUCCAAUUAUGGGGCUAGAAACGGAGGUAUCUCAACUGAAAGGACACAACAACAGUCUUGAGGCAGAUAUGAAAUCUCAAAAGAUAACUCAAGAGCAGUUGGGCAGUAAGAUGCAACUACUUCAGUCUUUACAACACCAGAAACAGGAAAUGGAUGAUCUUAAAUGCCAGCAAGAGCAAAUGAAUAUCACACACACCCAGCGCUUUUCAGCCAAAGACGAAGAAAUUAAUCUGCAAAAUACAAAACAACAAAUCCAAACCCACCUGUGUGGAAAACGAGAAGACAUUCAAACAGACCGUGAUGUUUUUCAAACAAGAGAAGUUGAGUGUCUUCGUACAGAAAACGGAACCGAAAAGCCUGAUUCAUCUAAACUGGAGACGGAAAGGUUAGUGAAAGGAAUGAACGAACAAGAACUGGAGAUGAAAGUUCUGCAUGACCAGAGUAUGACUUUAACUGAACGGAUGGAUCAGCCGUCCAUCAGUGAGGUGGGCAGACUCACUCACAUCAUCCAGCAGGAAGACGUGGAGGUGCCGGGCCUUCAGCCUACAACAGCUCCAGCUUCUCACACCCAGGGUGUUGCUCACCUUCAGCAGCAACUGCCAGCGCCUGCUUUGGAAACCCAAGAAAUAUCAGGUGUUUGGAAAGAGGCGGCUCGGAAAAACAGCUAUUUAGAAGGAGAGUAUCACCAUCCAAUGGAUGGAACUGCUGACAACGAAGGAGGCCUGUGUAAGCUGCAAGAGGAAAAUAAAAACUCAACCACUAGUAGUGGUCAGGAGAGGUUUACAGACAAUGUUCUGAAGUCAACACAUCUCAAUCAAGAAAAAGAUAUUGAAAUAGAUGCAUUAAGUCAGAAAUGUCAGCCUUUAGCGACCAUUCUGCAAACAUCCAGCACCGGUCAUGACCUUGAAAAUAUUGCUAUCUAUCAGUAUGAGGAGCUUCCACCAGAACCCCAUAUCUUAAAACAGCCCGUUAAGAAAGUGGAAGCAUGGAAAGAGCAGCUGGUGACCACAGUGCAAAAUGUGCAGCAGGGGGCACCCCAACCCCAAGAAGAACUUCCUCAACUUCAGGCAAAACUUUUAAUUGGCAGUGAUGACGACUCUCAGUGUCAGAUGAACUGUAGAGACCUGAUGCAAAAUUAUGAAGGGCGUAAAACUCAACUCAAAAACCUGGGGCAGGAGUUAGCACACACGCAGCGCAGCAGCGCAGAGCUCUGCAGGGGCAAGGAGAGUCUCUUCCCACAGCCGGAUAUUUUACCCCAGUUGCCCAGAGAGGCACUUUCUUCACACUCUGCAGAAUCUCUCCAUGCAAGUGAGUCUGUUCUAUCGACCGAGUCUUCUAAAUUGCUCCGGCAAGAGAUCGAGAAGCUGAGAAAAGCGCUGCAGGAGAAAGAUGCAGCCAUUAGAUCCCUCCAAGAAGACAAUCAGAGACUGUCUGAUUCCACUGCUGCCGCCUCAGAACGAGAAAGAAAAGAACAUGAACAAAUGCGUUCAGAAAUUCAGCAGCUGAAGGAGAAACAAAAUGUCUUAGACAGGUUACUUAGGGGAACAAAUCUUUUCAUCAGAGCGAAAAACAGUCUAAUCCGUUCGUUGAGAGAAAACCUCACGAAAAAAAUGAAUAAAAAUGAACUUCUGAGGCAGGCAGUGAGAACUCUCAAGAAGAGAGUAUCAGUUUUAGAAACGGAUAUGGAUGAACUAAAACAGGACAAUGAAAAAAUUGCUGAAACAUCCAGGGAAAAGGAAAUAGAAUAUCAGGAAGAAAUCAAAGAACUUGAAAAACAAAACGUGGUCCUCCAGGAAAGGCUGGAUUAUUUCCAACAGAAAUGCAUACAUUUAGCCAGCAGCACAGAAGGAAAAGUGGACAAACUCCUCAUGAGAAACCUCUUCAUUAGAUAUCUUCAAACACCAAAACACAGAGAACAUGUAGUGUUACAAGCCAUGGGAAGCAUCCUGGGUGUCACAAGGGAGAAAAUAGAGCAGUGGUGUCAGGAAGAGCGUGGCGCCGUUACCAGGUGGACGACUGGGUGCCUUGGAGGAGGAUCCAGAAGUAUCCCCAGAACACCACUGGGCCUGAAUCAGCAACCUGCCCUUAACGGUUCUUUUUCAGAACGUUUUGUCAAAUUUCUUCAAACAGAAUCUCUUUCAUCUACUCCUCCAACAAGGCUCGCUCCUCAUAAUUCUCCAGGACAGAUCGAACUAGUUUAAAAUGUACAACCAAGUUUAGCAAACAUCCCAGCAUCCAUACCCAGAGGAGCAGAUGCCAAUCCCUGUUCCUCUGCUGUGUCUCUUAGGAGCCUGGCUGGACUUGGACCUGGUGGGUCGGGACAUCGUCUGUCAAAUGCUGCUGCAGUGGCUUUGCCCGCAUCUGCACCUGCACUGAGGUCACCUGGCCGUAGUGCAGGGGCUGGGCUGAAAGGCUGUGAAAGCAACGGAUGAUCCUCAGAGACUAUGAAAGAUGCAGCCACAAUGUGUAUCUACAUUAUCACUAAUGACCUUUUGGAAAGAGUCAUUUCUUUUUCAGUUUUCCUUUCUUUAAAUUUAAUAAAACUAUUGGAAGA